GCCGCGCGCGGCGGUUGCCGAGCAACGCAUUCCGGCUGUUGCUAAGGCAACCAACGGCGGCCCGGCAGCCGCGACGGCCAAAUUGAGACUGGGGCGCCAUGAGCGAUGAAGGCCGCGGAGGGGAUGGCGGCGGCAGCGGCCCCGCCAUCGGUUCGGCGGCUUUGGUGCUGGCCGAACUCGACUGGAACGAUGGGUUCGCCAUUCCCGUGGCUAACGAAGAAAACAAGUCGCUGGAGGAAGAGUUGCAAAAGUUGCAAAAAGAAAAGGCAAAUUUGCAAAAUCAGUUGUCCGACUAUGAAGACCGUAUUACAGCAAUGUCCUCACACUUGAAAAAUGUCAAACAGGAGUUUGAUUUGACCCAAGGUCUUUUCAGAGCCAGGCAGAAUGAAAUAGAAACGGAACAACAUUUUAAAGCUGUUGCAGAGAGAGAAGUGGGCCGCCUGAAGACAGAGAUUCAAAAGCUGGAAAAUGAUUUGGUUUCACUAAGAGAGAAGAAAAAUAGUCAGGAAAAUACUGUUUUCAAGCUGAGUCAGAAAUUGGAAGCAUUGAAGUGCCAAAUGAACUGGGAUCAACAAGCUUUAGAGGCUUGGUUGGAAGAGUCUGCUCAUAAAGACAAUGAUGCACUUACAAUCCAGAAAUAUGCACAGCAAGAUGAUGGAAAAUUAAGAAAACUGAGUCUACAAAUCGAAAUACUGACCGUUAAUUCUAAUAAUAAACGCCGGAUUCUUGACAAUGAACUUACAGAAACCUUAGCUGCUCAGAUCGAAUUGGACAAAACAGCGGAAGACUUCCGCAGAGUUCACCAAGAAAGACAAGACCUUAUCAGACAGUGGGAAAACACUAUAGAACAAAUGCAGAAACGGGAUCAAGAAAUAGAUAGCUGUGCCUUGCUUUUAGCACAGGCAAGAAGGGCAAUCCGUGCAAAGGAAAGUGUGCUUAAAGACAAAGUCCAAUUUUUGGCGAAUGAGAGCGGGAACAAUGUAGAGUAUGAGAAGAGAAUUUCCAUUGCUGAUCGACAAGCUGCCAAACUGAGAUUAGAAUACCAGACAGAGGAAAAUAAUAGAGAUGCACUUCAAAAUGAGCUGGAUACACUGAAAGCUACUGUGGAUGGGACAGCUUCUGAACUAGAAUCAAUGAGAACUACUGUAGCUAACCUUAAGAAAGAAAUCCAGGACAAAACAUUAAGGCUAAACAUGAUUAAGGACCAGAAUGAAACUCUUGCAAAUAAAUUGAAAUUUGUGACAUACCAAGCAUUAAGUGAAGAAGAAAAAGCCUGCAAAAUGGAGGAACUAUUAAAAGAGAAAGAAAAACAUUUAAAGGAGAAAGAGGCGCAGGCGUUACAACUGAGAGAGGCACAUUUCAAGAAAACAAAGGAGUUGCAAACACUUAAGGACAAUGAAAAGGGCAUCACAUCGUUAAUUGAAGGACGUUGUGGCCAGAAAAAAAAUCUUCGGAAUCGAUUACGGCGGCUGGAUAUACAAGCCCUUAACCAGCAAGAACUCAUGUAUAACCAGGAUUUUUACAUACAGCAAGUGGAGAGACGGCUGUCACGUUUGAAGGGGGAACUUAACACAGACGAGAGGCAAAUUUUAGAAGGCAAACUUGCUGAACUAAUAAAGAUAAUGGACGAAAAGAAACAGGCAUUCAAUACUUUACAAUCACAGGAGAAGAAACUUCAGAGUGAAAUCCAUUUUAGCAAAUUGGCCAUAGAUAAAACUGGAGAAGAAAUGGUUGGUUUGAAUACUAGACUGGAUGAGAUAAACCUUUUCACAGAUAAAUCGGACAAGUUAUUAAAAAAAGCCAGAGCAGAAAAGCAGGAUCUGAUGAUUGAAGACAACCUCUUAAAGCUGGAACUGAAACGGGUAAGAGAUUUGUUGUACAACAAGGCAGAGAAAGUGCUCUCCCUCGAGAAACGGAAACAGCAAUUAAAAACAGCAAUGGAGGAGAGAAUGGCUGAUAUCAAAGUUCAUAAGGAAAUGAUUGAGACUCAGACACGACUCCUUGAGCAAGAGCGUCAGACUCUGAGUUCAGAAUUUCAUGAGCGACUGAGUAAAAUUGAGAAACUGAAAAGCAGAUAUGAAAUUGUUACCAUUGUCAUGAUGCCUCCAGAAGGAGAAGAAGAGAAAACUCAGGCUUAUUAUGUUAUAAAGGCUGCCCAAGAGAAGGAAGACCUUCAGCGUGAAGGAGAUACCUUGGAUGCAAAGAUCCAAAAAGCUGAGAGAGAAUGUAUAGCCCUAGAAAAUACUCUGCAUGUACUUAAUAACUGUAACAGCCAGUACAGGAACUCAUUCAAGCAAGUUGUAGAGAAAAGUGAAGAGUAUAAAGAGAAAACAAAACUGGAAGAAGAAAAGAGAGCUACUGAUGAGAAAUAUCGAUAUAAACGAAGGCAGAUCAAGGAGCUUCAAGAAGAUAUUCAGACGAUGCAAACUAAUCUUGAUACUCUUGUGAAAAAAGAGACCCUUCUCCAGGAAAAAAUGAAAGAUAAACAUGCAAUUUUUUUGAAAUUAAUCAGAGAAAUAGAUGAUCAGAAGCCCAGAAUAGAAAGAGUCUCAAAACAGGUUUCCCGAUUAACCCGAGAAAUCCGAACACUACAUAACACUCAGUCACAAACCCCAGAAGAAAAAGACAUUGAACUUCGUGCACUGAAGGACUUCAGCAAAUACGUAGAUAAAAUGCUGAUUGAUGCUUCAGAAGCACAUCCAGAAUUACAUAAAGUCUUCCAAAAAUACUUCGGACAGGCUUCAUUACAACUUCCUACAGUUUCCGUUUCUCGCCUCAGUGCUCGAUCUGUUCACGGCUCAUCUUCCAGCGCGUCCUUUAAGAGCUCAUCUUCCAGUCAACCACAUGCCAAAGUUGUAUCUCUGACUUUGGACUCCAGUCCUGAACCUCCAGGUCCGGCUUCUCAUCCUUCUACCCAGAGUAGCCCCGCCACAUCCUCUCGUAGCAAAAGCCCAAAUUAGUUUUUUUUCCCCUGUUGCAUUCAAAGUUUUUAAGAAUCAGUUAUCUGCUAAGCUACAGCAUGUUUGACUACCCAACUAAAAUUAAUUUAUCUAAUAGUGAAUGAAUUAUUUUCACUUGGAAUAAAUGUUUUAGGAUGAACUCAGUUUUAUUUUUAUAGCAAAACCUAAGCCUUAACAAUAAAAACUGGUAACAAUCUUUGUAGAGAGUCA